UCGUCGCGGCGCGCGGUCCCUUUCACCGGCGUCCCAUCGGUCGUUUUCGUCGCGUUUUUAUUUACCUAAAUUCCCGAAAAUUCCAUCCGAAGAUAAUCGGCGCGAAAUGAUCUCGCGAUGAUGCCGUACACCCAUCAUCAUCUUCUCCGGGAUCCGAGGGUCGACUCGCGCGCGAAUCCUGAUCGCUUAGAUUAAUCGCGAGAGUGUGCGGAGUGAAAGUGCUGAGAAGGUAAAGAGAAAAAAAAAAAGAAAGAAAUAGAAGAGGGAAACGAAGCGAUCGACGCGAUAGAGAAGAAUACACGGAGGUUGAAAAGUGACGGGGAUAUAAACCGACGACGGUGUGCAUGGAGUCGCGUCGUGGUCGCCGCGUUGGAAUCGCGACGGGGGUUCCACCGGUCUCGCGAAACGGCGUGCGGCGACGAUGAUGCGGUGCCCCGGUGAUGAGGGGGACCCGAGGCCAGAGUGUGUUAUGCGCGAGUGUGUAGAUUCACCGGGAGUACGCAGCAUGUCAUCGUCGUCGUCGUCGUCGUCGUCGUUCUCGUCAUCGUGAUGCCGUUUGUGAUGCGAAAAGUGGAGCCGCGGCACCUGUGCCGCGGCCACGUGCCGGGGGGCUCGCAGCCGGGUUGGCCGGUGGGCGCCGAGCUCGAGAUGGUGGCGAACGGUGCCCUGACCAGCUCCCUCAAGCAGCUGGCAUCCCUGCUGACCGUCGCGGAGGACAUCUUCGCGGGUCUCACCGCCGAGCUGGGCCAGGUCGCCGAGAGGAGCGGACACCUACGUCGCAAGAUCGAUAAGAUCGAGGAGCGACUCGGCACCGUGGAUCCCAAGAAAAUACCAGUCCCGGAAUCGGAUAUCUGCACUUUCGCGGCGAGGACGGAACAUUUUCACGUCACGAAUAAACCAUCGACGGGACUGUUCGCGGCGGACACGAGGCCGAGGGCCCUGAGGGAAUUAUAUGAGCUCGCUGCCAUAGUCGCCGUACGAAGUUUGGAUUCCUUGAGGAGGGAUGGCAGCUCGAUGGAUAUGUUCCUCUGCACACCCGUCCUUGGAAAGAGACGGCGGGAUCACAGCCUCGACAUCGAGUCCAGAGUCCCGGCUGCUAUCGAAGAUCUGCGAAGAUGGACAUCCACCGAGGCUCUCGGCGACAUCACCGUACCGCCGGACUGUUCGUCCAGGAUUCUGGGCGACACGACCAGCGACGAUGCCGUCGAUCACAAACUACCCAGCCCCGAGGAACAGGUUCAGGCUAUCGCGCUCAAAUUCCCGGCGGAAAUCGUAGCGGUGGAUGUGAGCGGACGCGGUUUCGCAAGAAUGUCGAUGAGGAGGAAGUCCUUACUGUCAGGUCCAGAGACACAGGAAACGGCGGUGAAAAGGAGAUCGCGGCCACGCAGACCAAGAGGAAAGAGACGAAACACGAUCGCUGGUACCGAUCAGAAAGAGAUUCGACAAGCUAUUGGAGGGGAACCGAUUGGCGACGAGCCCGAGGAGACGGUGCCAAGCGCCACGACGAGAGCUCAUCGCUCAGCGAGCACGGACAUCCUGGGCGCCACGAAGAAGGAUUCGCCCACGGAGAAGAAGUCGCACUUUAAUACGCUGAAGGCUUGGGGCAUGUCCAGAUUGAAACUGAUCAGUCCGAAGUCGAGUCAGCAAGAAACUACGACGACGAUCGGCUCGGCGGAGAGAUGCGAGCAAGCUCAAGGUCAGACGAGAUCGCCGGAGGAGAUCAACAUCUACGAGACGGUUACCACGAGACGCAGGAGGGAUAAAUCGCACGAGAGGAAGCCCAGCUCGUCCAGCUCGAGCGGCAAGAGCACGGCGAGUAUACCUGUGUCGGUGCCGAGCACGGACAACAAACAGCCAAGCGUGAAAUUACGCGAGAGCGCCGCUCAGAGAAGAGAACGGCGGAAGGGCAGCAACCGCGACGACGCCCCGCACUCGAGCUCCGGGAACUGGAGCGCCUCGUCCGAGAGCGGAAGGGCCAGCAUAGGUAGCGAGACCACCACCACUACGCAUCAGCCCAGAUCCACGACGACAGCUUCGAUUGGCACGUCCUCCACUUCCUUAAGUCACAUGAGACGACUCAAGGGAAGAGACACUUCGGCCUCGUCCUCGGUAACUUCCGAAGGUACCUUAACUCCGGAUAUCAUACAGGAUAUCACGGUGAUUCCCUUCUCCGACGAUGGUGAAACGUCGUCGGUGUACUCCUGCGACACGGAGGGAUAUUAUACUUCGUUCCACAUGGAUUCAGGUCUGAAAACGCUCAGGGAGGAGGAAGCGGUGCCGCAGAGUCCUUUAAUCAAGUCUAGUGACAUCGGUUCGGAUCCUACCUCGCCAAUUGUUGAGAACGAGUACGAACUAUUUGGCAGAGGAUCAACUUCUACAACGACUAGCUCAGCCGGAACGGUUUGCACCGCGCUUCUGGCACCACCACCUCCUGAACGCAAAUCCAGCCUCACGGUUGUUGCUAUGGUUCAUGGUCAAAAUCAAAACGGUGGCGAAUCACCCGAUAGCGGUCACAAUACAUCCUCCUCUCCGGUCGAAUCCGCCUCGAGUCCUGCAUGCACCGGUCGAUCAUGCUCUGAAUUCGAGUACUCGGAGUCCAGCGAUCUGGAGGGCUGCGAGCGAAUCGAGAGGAUCCGCUCGAAGACGGCGAUCACGACCAGUCGAAUUCCCUCGAUGUGCGUAAUCACACCACCAGUGUCCGACGACGAGCAUGCGAAAGAGACAGACCAGUGCGAGAAGAAGACGAACGAGUCGACAAGAAGAAUUGGUCUUCAAAGCGGUGGAUCGGUGCUGAUGUCCGCUACUGUCGGCACUUCCAAGAUGGAGGUGAUCAACGGCCAGGAUAAGAAUCUGUACGCCACCGUGCAGGUGUUGCCAGCAAUCACCAAUAACGACAGACCGAUCGCGACGACGAGCCAGUCGUCGUCGUCGUCGUCGACGAUGAAGAUCAGCCCGCUGAGCGGCGUCCUUGGCAAGCUUCGCGGCGUACUUCCGGGCAAGAAGCACGCCACGAAGAACGGCACCGUACAGGAGCUGUCAAACGCAGACUCUGGCGACUAUGUGACCAUAGCCGACGUGAGGAACAACAAUGACAAGCAUCCCGCGGGCCUGCCCUCGUCCUCGUCAUCGUUAUCAUCAUCGUCGUCAUCAGGCAUGACCGUCCGACCUACCGUUACCUAUGCCAAUUCCGACAUCUUUAAAAGAGACGCUGAGUAUGUGAGUCUAAGCGAAUUGCCGAAGAAACCGGACUCGUCAUUGGAGAGGAAAAGACAGGGCGCCCGAGUUACUUUGGAUUCCGAAGGCAAAGUCGUCUACUCAUCCGAUAGUUUAAAAAGGAGGAAAGGAGCACACACGACGUUCAAUCCAGGCCCUUUUGUGAGGGAGGGAGUAUCACCUAGCCCAUCGCCGUUGCUUCAUCGCGCGACGCCGAACGUCCGCGCUGUCACGAAGACCGGCGACGUCGUGGACGGCUCGAGCGUCCGGACAUCCACGCCGCCGACGUCGCCCCAACUGGGCAAGCUGAUCAUUCGAGCAGCGCGGAGUCCGGAUCGCGCGGCCAGUCCGGAUUACGUGCGCACACCGGCGACCGUGGUCGGCCCCACAAACCCGACCAGUCCCCACAGACAGUUCCGCGGGGCUUACGUCAACGUGCAAGGUGACGAAGACAACACUUUAUUGGCAAUACCUUCGGAAUCGGUAUCGCCGCAAGCGAUUGUUCAACCGCCUCCCUACAUCGCCCCGCCGAAACCCGAGGAUCGGCAAAAGUCGCAAAACAGGUAUCAAGAUAACCUGAAGGAUUCGCAGCCGCCGAAUCUGCGAGCGUAUCCCGAAAAUGAGAAGCAACCGAUCGUGGAUCAGAAACAAUCCUAUAAGCAGGAGAUACUCGAUCCCCGUCAAAAUGUCCAGCUGUACGACAAUCGCAAGAACUUCGAUCAGCAGCGGAUGUCGAAGUACGAGUACCAACAAGUCCGCAACUAUGAGACGGUGCACAUGCACAACGCGAGAAACCAACAGCUCAAAGACAUCGAUCAACAGCAGUUUUACACCCUGCCGACGAGGAGACCUCAGCGAGAAAUCGAGCCACCUCGCAGCGUCACCCCGGACAUCACCAGGGGUCAUGGACGCGGUUCCCUCAGCAGCAUGCAUAUGCUGGCGAAACAGGCCCAACAAAGGGUCACGAGUGCGGAGAAUGAGCAGAGUCGACGCGGCACCCACGUGGACGUGGGAAGUAGGAACUUGGAGCAAGCGGAGACGAGAGGCAGAUUCGUGCAGAGUCAAUCGCAGUCGAUUGUGGAUGUCAGAAAUAGGUUCGCAACGCCUCUAAAUUUAGCUGCACUUGGCUAUCGAUUCUUCGCAUCUUCGCCCGCUAACGAUCCUCUUACGAAGUCUCCUAAUGCGGAUGUUCUACGGAAUAAUCCAAUUUCUCCGAUCGGCCACGGUUGUUACAAUAACGGCUUCAAAUCGUCCACUCCCACCGACCAUCACGGGCGAUCGGCGCCAACUGUGGCGGAACGUCUAGCUUUAACCGCCACCGCCGGCAAUAAUUGUUCAUCGCCGAUACCGAUGAGUGGUUCCUCUGGUAGGAGCACUCCCGUCCAGACUUCUUCCGGCAGGACGACGCCGACGAAUCUGAUCCUGUCGCCUACCAAGAGCACCAUGUCCAAUGAGGAGUUAUUCGCCGCAAUCCACAAGUCGAAAAAACGACUCAACAUCAGGCUCGAAAAUGAUAACGAUAAUCUGUCGCUUUGCGGAUCGAUGAACUCCCUGGUGAAGACACCGGCUGGUACCAGGCACAGCUGGAGUCCGGAAUCUCAUCAGAAAACUCCCGAGAUACCAACUACCAUGCAAUCACCUACGUCACGGAUGGACUUCAAACGUUUGCUUCUUCAGCAAAGCGUAAAGACGAGUCCUAUGCGAUUGUCGGCGGCGGAGCAAUUGAAACUGUCGCGUCAACAAUGUCAACAACAACAGCAACAAUCGUCACCGAACACUCACCAGAGUCCUCUGGCCAAAGUUCUGAGUCCACGCUCGGCCUGGAGGUUUCAAACACCGAGAACCGACGUUCUCUCGUCCACUAUAAUCGAGGACACCGCGGCGGAGAAAGCUAUGAAACCAUCGCCGGAGAACACGUCUCCCAUCUCAAGACUGAAUCUUAGAAGACAAUUAGAUCUCUGCACUGACCUAGCGAGUCAUCUGCGUGUCGUCGAUCAGGAAAGCAAAGUCGUGAAUGUCAACGGUAGGCUAGCGGCGAGCCAAAUGUCUAACGCGAACGAACUCGAUCUUGAUCCGACAAUCAAAUUACUGAAUCAAAAUAACAAAACUCAAGAGCUAAUCACAAAUGCGCCUGACGAUCUUGCACGAACCGCAAACAUUACAAUAACCGGUCAGGAUAUUUCAUCCUUGACUUCCCGAAACAACGUCAGUACAGCGAUGCGGAAUUCGAAGAGUUUGCUCGAGCCCAAAAAUCAGGAUCCCGUGAGCGCUCUCGAGUCGCGGAGGAUCAGCAAUCAAUUGGCGAGAGCACAGUUCCUAGCUAGCACACCUACUAACACCAAUCCCUCGCAGAAUUUUUAUUUCAGCAAGAGAUUCAGAGCGCGAUCGGAAUCUCCGCAACACGCUGUGACGCAAAACGUCGCAACACGUAGCCCGAGUGCUCCUACUCUCGAAACCGCUUUAUGAUCCGAAAAUACAUCGAUAAUUAGGAUAACGACAUUAAGCGAGAAUAAGAAUAUAGCUCUUCAUUAUUGUGACACAUAAAUUAUAUAUAUUGACUCUUUUUUUAAUAAGUCAAAUUUUAGUAAAUUGAAUUGCUGAAUUGUAUAUAAAAUAUACACAGAAGAUAUUGUUAAUUAAAAUUAAAAUCAAUUUUAUUAUUUUAUUAUAAUAUAAUAAUUAUUUUAUCCAUUAAUGAAGAGUUAAUAUUGAGGACAAUUAUUUCAAACAUUUAAGAACUGUUUAAGAAAGAUAAAAAUGAGCGGUUUAAAUCAAAUUUUCCUAAUUACAACAACUUGCUAAAAGACAAUAAUUUAUAAACAUAUAUGGUAAUAAAGCGGGAAUUAGUAUUACCAAGUAUUGCAAGAAACCUCUUGCAAAAGUAGAACAUUUAAAGCGCAAAAUUAUCAUAAUUCACACUCUGCCAAUAGAAUAUAAAAUAAAAUAUAGAAAUAUUUUGUACAAUGUGUAAUAUCACAUUGCAUAAUGCAAACAAUUUCAUUCUAUACAUAAAUUUAAAUACGUAAUUCAAUCAAAUCAUAAGCAAUAAUCUUGACGCUAAUAAUCUCAAUCGCGUGCCUAUUUGAUAUAAUCGUUUUAUAAAAAAAUAUAUAUUUGCACUGUAUAUAUAUAUAUAUAUAAAAUGAUACUCUAAAUAUAUUCUCGAAUUGAGACGAUGCCGUAGAAGUUAAUACAUCUGUAUAUUAUAUGAUGUAUUCGAUAUUUUCUCAUUCAUAAAUAAGCUUCCUUCGAUUUUUUAAUGAAGGAAACAGUUUGAUCUUUGCACGAUCUCAACAUUCACGAUCAAAGACUUUUAAACAGUUUAGAGAAUUAAGUGAAUAUAUAAUCUCAUUUCGAUAUAUAUUCUUAAAUACAAGAAGCAAAUAUAUUAUACUCUAUGCACAAGGUCUCGCGGAAUUUUAUCUGCGAUACGAAAAGAAACAAAUUCUUUUUUUGUAAUUCUAUAUAUAAUAAGAAUAUAUAAACUUAUCGUUACCUUUAUUCUGUCAAAUUAAAAUAUUAUACAGUAUUUUAACUAUGUUUGGGUUAAUUAAUAUUAUUAUAUUAAUAUAUAUAUACAUAUAUUUAAUUUUAAUAAUUAUAUUAAUAUAUAAUAUUAAUUUAUUUAUACGCGGAAGUUAAAAGAAACAUGUUGAUGUGGCCAGGAGCCGUGGAAAUUUAACUCAGUUAACUAUAAGUCAUUUAUUAUAGAAAUAUGAGUUAAAUACAGAAUGAUUAUAUGUAUUAAAAAUAUCGAGAUUACUCGAAAUAAUCGCUGCCAAUAUAUUUUUAAACUAUUAGAUAGGUAAAAAAAUCAAACCAUCCUGUCCCAAUCAAGAAAGAAUAAUUCUUUUAAUAAUUCUUAAAAAAUAAUUCUUUUAAUAAUUCUACUCUAUACUAUUUUUCUCUUUUACUAAAAACAAAUUAAUAAAUAUCGAAAAUAAGCGAUUUAUAUUAAUUUAUCCUAAUAAAAUUCACGAUUGUGGAUCAGGCAAUCUUUCGAUUAAGUAAAUUUUGUCAAUGAUACUAAAUUAUCAUAUUAAAGUAUUAAUUUAUUUAUCGACUUCGAUGACGAUAGCCUAAAUCUCGCCCCUUAUUCGGCGAAAUUUGUACAUAACGAACAGUGUAAUCGCAACCGGUUUUAAGUCUCGAUCGCUUUUACUAGUCUAGUCGGGGUAGAAUUAGAUCAUAUAUAUCGCGUUUUUUGGGAAAAAAAGUGCCGUUAAUCGCGCGAGACGAAUAUGUAUUACAAUGGAUCGAGAUAAUUAAUGCGUGAUGAAUAUAUAUAUAUAUAUAUAUAUAUAUAUAUAUAUAUAUAUAUAUAUAUAUAUAUACGCGAAAAAGAUUAAUGACGUAACAACCAGUUGCCUUAAUUAAAUUAUUUCAAGUUACGUCGAACAAGCGUAUCGAUGUAUUUAUCGAUUAUUUGCGAUCGCGCAAAACUCAGAAAUAACUUUGCAAAUGUAACUUGUUAGGUCUUAAGCUGGAAAAGUGUUUUGUACUUUGCUCAGAAUAAACAAAAAUAUUUCGUGAAUA